GGGACUACAUGUGCACCGCUAUGCCCAGCUUCCCAACAAGGCAAAAGACAUCUGCUUGGACCAGGGGCCACUGGAGAACCACACAGCAAUAUUGUAUCCAUGUCAUGGCUGGGGACUGCAGGGUUUCCAGAAUAACUUGAGUCUUGGUAACCAAAAUCCUGUCAUCUGGAACAUACAAUGGAUCACUGCUGUACAAGUGAUGGUCCCUAUGAGACAGCAGAGAUAAACGCCAACAGAAAGGUUUCUAAGAUGUGUUCCUAACAUUUCCUAGGAGCAGUGAAUUAUAUGGAAUCUCGUUCUCUUCUUUUUGGAUUGUAUACUGAAUUCUGCUGGAUUCACUGACAAGAAGAGUUUGAAUUAGCAGAACCCUGAGAAUGGAGACACCUUUAGAAGAGACUGAUGAAGGAAGUACAGGAGGAGUUUCAUCUUUGGAAAUAGAAGUUUUCCUUGACCGCAGAACCCAUCCAAGGUUUCCUUUUAGCAUUUUCUUGUCAACUCUUCUCUACUGUGGUGAGGUGGCCUCCGCUUUGUAUAUGUUUGUUCUUUAUCGGAACAAUGGUGACAUAUACUGGAUGUCAUUUACCAUCAGCCUUAUUAUUACGGGAGCAUUUUUUGAUCAAAUUACCCUGUUGUUUUUCAACAAAGACUCGAGGGGAAAUAAGGUUGUGUUACUUAUUGGGCACAUUCUUCUUUUAGGACCUAUAGUGAGGUGUUUGCAGACCACUAUACACUACCACAAAUUAUUGAAAUAUCUUACACUGGAGGCGGAAGAGAGUCAAGAUAGCAACCCAGAGAGAAAUAAGAUACUGCAAAGGAAGAUUGUUUACUCAAGUCAGUGUAUUUUAAGGCAAGACAAUGCAUUCAAAUGCAUGAGAGUUGUUCAGGCUUUUGUUUCUUCUGCUCCACAAUUAGUUUUUCAGAUAUAUGUCACUCUCACUAUAAAAGAAUUGCCUUCAGGUAGAGCCUUGCUGAUGACAUGUUGCCUCUUAUCAGCUGCUUAUGGGGCAAUUCUCUGCAGUACACUAGCCAUCCAAAUCAGCAACGAUGAUACUACCAUUAAGCUACCGCCAAUGGAACUCUUCUAUGUGAUAAUAUGGCGUUUCUUAGAAAUUAUCUCACGUGCAGUGGCUCUGGCAUUAUUUGCUGCAUCUCUGAAACUGAAGAGCCUACCCUUUCUCUUGGUCAUAUAUUUUGUAUCAGUGUUGGCACCAUGGCUGGAGUUCUGGAAAAAUGGAGCUCAUCUUCCUAGCAGUACAGAAGAUUCCAGUGUGGUGGGUACAGUACUGAUGCUUAUCGUCAUCACACUACUGUAUGCUGCCAUCAAUUUCUCCUGCUGGGCAGCAGUGAAACUGCAGUUGUCAAAUGAGAAAAUAUUUGACAGGAGAGAGAGGUGGGGCCAUAGAAUUCUACACUACAGCUUUCAGUUUUUAGAAAAUGUGAUGAUGAUAAUCGCAUUUAUAUUCUAUAGAGGGGAAACUUUACUGAAUUGUUGUUACACAUUAGUUGCCAUACACGUCCUCAUAAUCUACUUAUUAGGCUUUUCCUUUAUGUGUCUCUUCUAUCACUAUUUGUACCCAAGGAAGUCAGACAAAAUAUUGUAAAGACAUACUAAAAAUUAGCCAGAGUCACUGUGGUAUUAUGUAAACAUCAAAGAAAAUUAAAAGAAUAAAAAUAAGCAGCUAAGGAAAUAUUAUCAUUCUUGGAAUAGAUGAGUAAUUUUCAUUCAAUAAAAUAUGAAAUAUUCACAAAAUAUACAUACGUACUUUCACAGAACAAUGUAGUAAAGAUGCUGAAUGUGACUUUUUAAAGAUACUCUUUCAUUAAAAAAAUUAUAAAGAGCAAGA